ACUGACUGAGCAUAUUUCCUUUCCUACAGAGCACUCUUCUGACUGUGCUUCCUGUGUAAGCGCAGCCAUGGCUUCUCCAGAUGCUGAGAUGGCCGCCUUUGGAGAGGCCGCUCCUUAUCUCCGAAAGUCAGAGAAGGAAAGAAUCGAGGCCCAGAACAAGCCUUUUGAUGCCAAGACAUCUGUCUUUGUGGCGCAUCCUAAGGAAUCCUUUGUGAAAGGGACAAUCCAAAGCAGGGAAACAGGGAAGGUCACUGUCAAGACUGAAGCUGGAGAGACUCUAACCGUGAAGGAAGAUCAGGUCUUCUCCAUGAACCCUCCCAAGUACGAUAAAAUUGAGGACAUGGCCAUGAUGACCCACCUCCAUGAACCCGCUGUGCUGUACAACCUCAAAGAGCGUUACGCAGCCUGGAUGAUCUAU